GUGUUUUUGUUGAUGCUGUAAAUUCAAUGGGCCAAACUUCUCUCUUCACUGCUGCAUUGCUAGGUCUUGGUAAAAUAGUGGAUAUACUGCUGGAUUACGGCUCUGAUGCUAAUCAUCGCUGUUACGAUGGAAGCACCCCAGUCCAUGCAGCUGCGUUCUCAGGAAAUCAGUGGAUUCUUAGCAGGUUAUUGGAUGAAGGAGGUGAUCUGAGAGUGCAUGAUAAGAAUGGGAAAAAACCUCAGUGCUGGGCUAUGUCAGCUGAUAAAGAAACCAGUGCUCAGAUACUGAAAUUCAUACAGCGUUGCACAUCGCACAUGCAGGCUGCUAUUCAAAAUUUUCCCUCUGAUCUACUCAGGAAGAUUAGCUCCUCAAAAGCCUUGGUCAACAAUCCAUCUCGGUUUGGUAGUCUUGUUCAAGGAAAUGUUGACAGUCCUCUGGGCAGAUUUCUAAAAGGUGGAGCUAAUGCAGCCAGGAACAUUUACAGCUUUGGAUUUGGGAAGUUUUAUUUUGCAGGUAGUGGGCAUCUUGAGUACUUGGCAUCUCUCCUUAUUAUUGGGGAAAAAGACCUGGUUCAGGCAGAUGACGAAGCAGCAUUUUCUUACCGUGUUGGUCCAUACAUGAUCAUGACAAACUUAAUGUGGGGAGGCAGCAGAGUUACAGUGAAGGAACUUGGCUCAGAGCCCCAUCAGAACUACAGUAAACUGCGCUUUGCCGAUCUUCUUGUUGCAGAGCAGGAACACAGCAGUAAACUCAGACAUCCUCAUUUGCUACAGUUGAUGGCUGUUUGUCUGUCUAGUGACUUGGAGAAAACCCGUUUGGUAUAUGAAAGGGUUAACCUUGGUUCUCUGUACAGUAUCCUUCAUGAAAGGCGUACAGAAUUCCCAGUGCUGCACAUGGAGAUAAUUUUGCAUGUGCUGCUUCAGAUUAUCGACGCUUUGCGUUUUCUACACUCUCGUGGAUUUAUCCACCGUUCAGUUACCUCGUAUGCUAUUCAGAUUGUUUCUUCUGGUGAGGCAAAGCUGUGCAACUUGGAAUACAUGAUAGAGAGCAAAGAUGGUGGAGAACACAGUGAUCUGACACGUAUUCCUGUCCCAAUACAGCUGUAUAAGUGGUGCUCUCCUGAAGUAAUCCUUGAAAAAGUUGUCACGGUCAAAUCGGAUAUAUAUAGCUUCUGUGCAGUACUGCAGGAAGCCUUGACAGAGACCUCCCCCUGGAAGGGUUGUGAAGACUCAGUUAUUAAACAGCUCGUAAUUUCGGGACAGCAGUUAGAAGCAGAUGUCAGACUUCCUGUGCCGUAUUAUGAUAUCGUAAAGUCGGGGCUGGAACCUAAACAGAAGAACCGCUCCAUGAAUCUUCAGGAUAUUCAAUAUAUACUGAAAAAUGACUUAAAGGACUUACUUAAGUCUCAAACUGGUAAUGCUGAUGAAACGCCAAAAGCCCAGAGACCUGUUGGUUUUGCAGAUGUGAACAUCUGCUUGGUGUCAGCUUUUAAUAGCCAGAAGAAAACACAGGUAUUUCAGGGGAAAGAGAUAACCAAGGCUGGUGACUCUACUUCCCCAAUAUACUCUGCUUUUCCUGAGGAGAAAAGCGCUUUAGUGCCCCAAGAGGCAUCAACCAAUCUACAUGCAGUUGCACAGGAUGAAAAUCAGGAUGUGGCUUCUGAACUUGAGAUGACCCCGAGUCUCAGUGAUGUGGAUGAUAGCCUCUGUAGCUUUGAAAUCAAUGAAAUCUUUGCCAGUUUCCCAGAACCUCACAAAGACUUCCUGGAAGAAGGAGCUAGAUUAGGUCAAGCUCUAAAGGAUGAAAAAAGGCAGCAGAAGGAAGAAGAGAAGGCUACCUUCAAAGACCUCACUGCAUCCCCUGGAGUGCCCUGUGAGGAAAAGCCAGUUUAUGAAGAAGACAGCUUGUCAGAAUUGGAUACAGAGUACUCUACAGAAGCCCAGGAGAGCACGAAUGAGGCUUCUGACCUGGCACAGGUGAGAGAUGCUGGGAGACUAGUGAGUAACCUGUCCAGAACUGAGCAGCACAUCAGCAAAUGUGUCCUUAGUGUAAAGAUAUCUCAAAGCAUGGUGCAGCAGAUAGCAGAAUCCCUGUGCAGACUGGAGGAGAAACUGGACAAAUCAGAGACCACUAAAAACCAAAAUAAGCUACUUCAGGAAGUCAGAAUGAAUCAGCUUUCUGAACAAAAUUUUCAAGGACACUGGAACAGAUCUGAUGAUACUUCCCAAAACACUGAUAACCCUUUUUCUGGAGUCAAUACUUUUUCAUGGAAGGCUGUAGGUCCACCAUCAAGAAACUAUGUUCCACCAGGGAUAACAUGUCAGGCCCAAGGAGCAUUGGGUGGAGGUGGUUUCCAAGCUGUUUCAAAGACAGCAAAACCAAUGGAGGUACUUCAAAAUGAGAAGUGGAAGUGCUUUCAUGAAAUGAGUAACAGUAAAAAUGAAAACAACUGUCAUGAUCUCACCUUCACUGUGGGCUUGUUGGACCUAUUUCAGAAUUUAUUCCCAUGUCUGUCUGUAAGAAGCAAAACAAAGUCCAAUUUGCAGUGUCAGAGAGGAGGCGAUUCACGUUCUGCAGCAAGUGGAAUUGAAGAAGAGAGGUGGUCCUAUCCAAAAUCAAGAGCUGAAAUUUACAGCACAAAAAUAAGCGAGGAGAGGAUGAUGCAAUCAGAAUGGAGGACUGAAGUAAAGCAAAUGGCCAGAAGAGCAGCCUCAGGAAGGCUAGAGCUUUACUCUCCAUAUCCAACCAAUGAAUGUACAUCUGAAAGUGAAGCAGAGAGUAUAAAUGAGGCCUUUCAACACGUCACUGUUAGAGUCCAGAAAAGUCAAGACCAGCAAAGAUAUAGGUGGCAGUCAGGUGAUAAUGUUGAGCCUCAAGAUUUGGUCAGUGAGAAUAGAUCUGAGUCAGAGGAGAGUGAUCUGGAGUCUGCAUUCAGAAGUUCUGGAGGGAGAAGUUCCCAGUCGCCAUCACAAGAUGAAAAAGCAGAGACUGGAAUAACCAUUCUUAAGAAUUCAGUCCUUCCUCAACAAGUUGAGAAUGUCUCUAGAGGACAUUCAAGGGAAUUACCUAGUUCCUUUAAUUCAUGUUCUGAUGUGUCUGAAGAAUUCUUCACUCCUGAUUAUUUCCUUCCUUCUACUGCUCAGGUAAACUCCAAACCCAUUACUUCAGAUGCUGAGGGCAAAUUAGAAGAUGCUUGUGGCAGAUUUUUGCAGAAACAGUUACCUGAAGAUGCAGGAUCAGGAAUUCCAGUUUCAGGAGGAAAAACACUACUCUGCAGCACAGCGGCGCAGAACUUCGGCAGUCAUACGCUAGGAGUGAAUCAACUUAGUCGUAUGCCUGUAAGCAGUGUUGAAACAGCACAAGAAAUAACACAGGCAGAAUGCCAAGAAAAAGAUGUAUCAGUGACAGAUAUUCACAAUUUGUCGAAUAUCCCCUAUGAGCAAGAGAGCUGCUACAGGGAUGUAGACUGUAAAACUCCCAGAGUGAGUCAUGCACCAAGGAGCUUCAGCACUCCACUCAGCUCAGAAGAAAAAAAUCCGAUAGCCACUGAAAAAUACAAACACUGCCAUGAAGUAGCUUCAGAUUCUUCCUUUUGCGGUUCUCAAGAGAUCUCUACAGCCCUUAGAGAGGGAAGGAGCACUGAAAUUCCUUCAGUUGCUUCAGGAGUUUGCUCAUCUGCACUGAAUCAGCCUGAUGAGUUACCAGUAGCUGCCUCAUGCUUGAGAGGAACCAGAAAGGCAUCUGCACUCUCACAGGCAUCUAACCACUUCACUGAUGAGCUGCCUCCACCAGCCCAAGAGCUGCUGGAUGAAAUUGAAUAUUUAAAGCAGCAAGAUUCCAGUGCUCAAAACUUUGAAGAGAACGGAUCGUAUGAUUAUGGACUGCAAAUAAAUGUUCCCGAUCAAAUUCAAAUGGAAGACAGAGAGUCAAAAAAAGAAUCUGAGAGAAAUGAGGAGGGAGAUCAUAGUUUAUGGACUAAGGAGUCAUUUAAUCUAUCAGAGGAAACAGAAAGGGCUCACUCUACUCUUGAUGGUAUAUUAGAAAGGAUGAUCCGUGCAGUUCCUGGGCAUGAGGAGAUCCAAGAACAGCCUGAGGGACAUGCUCUUUGGGCUGCAAGCCUUCAAGAUUCAGAUGUUGGAAGAAAGAAGGGAUUUGGGGCCACAGGCAGAGCCCCAGGAAGCUGUGCAGGGAGUUCAGAAGGUUCUCUUCAUCUGUAA